UCUCGGCCUUCCAAAAAGCGCGCUCUUGUUGAGUGUGCUCAACGUCUUCAGAAAUUUAGGAUGGCUAGCCCAAGGACACGGCGAGUGCUAAUGGAUGUCAAGAAAGCUAAUGCGAACCAUUAUCUGUGUCUCAUUUUCAUUGCGGUCAAAUCAUCGGCAUUAAGUUGAGGUGGAGAACAAUGUUUCAUUCUAUUUUUGAACAUUGUUUCAUGUAUUUUACACUAGCUCACAUCUGGUUGACCACAACAAAUUGAACUAUGGAGGAGAAGCUGGACCUUUACUGGAAAGCAAACUGUAAGCAUUAACACAAGUCCACCAACUUACUAUCCUUAUUACUGAAGGCUGAAGUUAGAAAACGUUACCAAACUACUAGCGUAGCGGUCCGCCUAUGGACAGAGAGUACUUUGUGCACUAGAGUAGCGUAAGGAGGGUUGGGAAAGAGAACAGAAAAGUGAGUCAAUGACCCAGCAGCGCACUUACAUUUGGUAACGAGACCAAUCGACGACAAUUAGAAAUAAUAAGCCUCAGAUUGAGUCCAUCUUGGGGCCGAAAUUAGGAUCAUACUAUUUAACCUGCUACAACUAGUACUCUGCAAUGGUCGAAUCAUAGAUAUUAACUAUCCGAAUACACUUAUUCUUUCAGAUUGUUCACCCUGUCAGGAAAAUAAAUCAUAAAAAGUAAUAUCAUGUCUGUAAAAUACUUGACAGCAAUAUUUAUACCAUGGGGCUUCGUUGAUUUUUAAAUCUUACUCUGGGAAUGUAUUACUACUUACUACCUACUUGAUGUUCAUCAAGUUAUAGUCGUAUGAGAUAUUAUAUUUGUGCAUAAAUUAUUUAAGGGCGUUUGUGUUUAUUCUCGUUGUUGGGUGCCUAAUGUGGGCCAUCAGCUUUAUUUCAGAAUGUAAACAUAUAGGUAUGUUCACAGUUGUGUUGCUUGCAUCCAGGUCUAAACAAAAUGAUUAGUGGACAAAGUUUUACCUGGACUACCAUGAUUUCAAGAUAUGUCCUAUAAGAUCACAGGUUUUAUAAUCAGUAUUUAUUUUCGUUUGUAGUUGUGUUUUGAAUGUGGGUCGCCAAAUCCUCAGUGGGCUAGCGUUACAUAUGGCAUUUGGAUAUGUUUAGAGUGUUCAGGAAAACAUCGUGGAUUGGGGGUUCAUUUAAGUUUUGUUCGCUCAAUUAACAUGGAUAAAUGGAAGGAAUUGGAAUUGGAAAAAAUGAAAGUUGGAGGCAACAGACAUGCUAAGGAGUUUUUCGUUUCACAACCUGAUUACAGACCUCAGUGGAGUUUUCAAGAAAAGUACAAUAGUAAAGCUGCUGCUUUGUUGAGAGAUAAGAUUGCAACUGAAGCGUCUGGUGAGGUUUGGGAUGAAGAAGCCGCUAAUGUGCGUAAUAAUAAAUCUACCAGUAUAAGUCAUGUAAAAACAACCGGUGAUCUGCCAUCUUUAUCCUCAGAUAAACGAAACUUUCAUAGUAAUCAGACUAAUUAUCAAGCCCCUGAUUAUUAUCCUGGAUCAAACAAAAUGACCAGUUGCCAUUCAGACUUGGAAUCCUGGUUAAAGGAUACAACUUUAUCUGAGGAGCAUGAUUCAUUUACAACACCAGCAACGAAGACAACAACAACUUCUGCUAAUACACGUUAUGAUAAAGUUCCAGAUUGGGCUGACUCUAAAUUCAUGGAUGAUAAUGGUAAAUAUACAACUUCUUCGUCUAGGCAUUAUUCAUUAGUACCUGAAAGAAAUGAUAAAUACUCAUGGCAGUCAGGUUGGGCAAUGGUUAGUCAAGUAGCUUCAGUAGCUGCUAAAUGUACCAGUCAAUUAGCAUCUCAAGCAACACAAAAAACCAAAGAAUUAACUCAAUCCGUUCAAGAAAAAGUUAAAGAUAGCAAUAUUUUGGAUUCAUUAUCAAAAGGUGUUGAUACUGUCACUUCAAAGUUGCAAACAGUGAAAAUGCAAGGAAUUCGAAGUCUUGAAUCAUAUUGGACUAGUAAUCCUGAAUCAGAUUUGUCUAACGGAAAUUCUGACAAAUCAUAUGGGUCUACUCUCUACAGUAAUCGUGAACAAGAUUGUCCCAGUUCAAUGUUUCUUGAUCGACACUUACAACAUGGAACCGAUUCGUUUAAUACAAGUGAAGGAAAAGGCGCUUCAUUGUCGAAUACUAACUGGAAUAAUAAUGAAACCUGUGAUUGGGAUUUAAGCAAUGACCAUGGAUGGGGAUCAAUUGACAAUGACGGUUGGUCUACUACAACUGGUGGUGGUAAUUCUAGGACAACACUAGCUAAAGAAUCCGUUGUACGAAGUGACUCCAAGUCUGAAAAUAAUGGUUGCAAUCGAAGAAGUCGUAAAAAUUCUUAGAUUUAAUAACUUGGAAAUUUAAAUUCUCCUAAUCCUUUUUGUUUGUUUGGUAAUGAUCAAGGUCACUUAUCUUGCUUGUAUACUGUAACUAUUCAUUUCUUGGCUUUUUCUUUUGUUUAAUUGUAUUGUAUAAUUUAUUUUUCUAUCUGAAGAAGUCUCUUUAAUUUACCAUAUAUAUUUCUUAAUUUUGUUAUGUAAUCUUUAGGAUAUGAAUGAUGAAGGGUUUAUGAUAGUUGUCACGGUAACUAAGCCAAUUUAUCUUCCUCUCUUUGAUUUCUUAUCUUUUUAAUUUUAAACCCAUGUGGAGUUUUGUGCAGAUGGUAUUAUCAUUAUUUCAGUAGUAGUACUGUGUAUGGUAUUGGUAAUAUAUAUGAUGUGAGACUUUUGCAUGGUUUGAAUAAAAAAACAUUUGUUACGUUGUUAAUGAUACUCUUUUUCAGAUAGAUGUUACUUAUUCAAUAUAUUCGCCUGUUCAAUGUUUGUUUGUUUUACUGUUGUUCAAUUGUUCAGUAAUUAGGUUUAUCAUUUAUUAAUGGUGAAUUUAUAUGUUGUUCAUUGACUUGUUUCCAUGUAGACGGACUGUGAUAACCGUGCUGACCUUUGUUCAGCAAUUUCAACACAUGCAUCGGUGAUUUAUUACUGGUGUAUUUAACUUUUAAUGGUUGGAUUUAAGGUUCAGGUCCACUUUAUUCCUUUGGAUAGUGUCAAUAGGCCUCACAUAGAAUAGUGUAGUUUAAACUUGAAUAGAUGACUUUGUGAAAUUCCUGAGUCUUGCGCAAAAUUGCUAUUGGAAUGUUUUGUUUACUCAUAAGUAGUUUAUCACUUUCAUUGAAAAUUGUCGUGUCCACUAGUUACAGUCGUAAUUUCAUGCGUAUUAUGUUUCUCUGUGUUGGAUGUUUACAUUGAUACGAAGCAAUGCUACUGGGAUUUCCUUAAUACCGAAUUUCGGUCUUUUCACAACUGUACUUUUUUCCAUGGUUUUGUGGAUUCAUUUAAAUAAGCGACAGCAUAUCGUGUCUUCCCACUUUCAAUCUGCGUUUGUGUGUACUUAGGUUUACUGCGUCUCGCAGUUAGUACAAUUUGUUCUGUAGGUAACAAUGCAUUUAUUUGACCUGUGUUUUCUUCUGAGUGGAGUGGAAUCAAAUUAAUAUGUUAGUUUGUUUGCGAAAUUGAUGCCAAAAGGUCUGCAAUGUUUUCUACAUAUGGUAAGACGUUUUGUUUUCUGAUUUCCGGAAGUGAUCUAGUGGUAUGUCAAUUUGUUGAAGCUAUUGGGUUUCCAUUUUUUACAGUAAAUGGACAUGAAAUUAGUGUACUCAGCUUUUAGCAAGUUAACAGUUCUGUCUUGAGUUUUGACUGCA